AGAGGAGUGAAAAAAAAAAAAAAAACGAAACAUUAAACAUUAAACGUUAUACAUUAAACGUUAUACAUUAAACGUUAAGCAUUAAACGUUAAGCAUUAAACGUUAAGCAUUAAACGUUAAGCAUUAAACGUUAAGCAUUAAACGAUAAACAUUAAACGAUGGAAAGGAGGUGUUAUGAGUAUCUCCGCACAAAUCGACAAACUGCUUCCCAAAGCUGUGCGUGUACGCGAGGCAUACCGCAUAUGUUCAUAACGUGUUACAUGCGUGUUGCCUGCUCGUGCGUUUUUUUAUCUGUACAUUUGGGAAAAAAAAAAAAAGAAAAAAAAAGAACAAUCGCAAACGAGUAUAUGCCGUUUACCGAUGCAGAGGGGUACCAUCCCCCAAUGUGCAUCAAAUACGUAUGUACGAAAUUGUUUGAUUCCGUUUGGAGGUAAUUUUUUUAAAAUUAUCUAACGCGCAAGUAAUGCCUUUCCAGGGGAUACACAUUUUUAUGCCAGAACAUCGAAUGCAUAUAAUGGUAAGCGCUCCUCUAUAUGUAUAACACAGAUGGAUGUGCACAAUUUUUUUUUGGCCACCCCUCCCGACCAUCCUAAAAUGAAAUGCAAAAAUGCAACACGUGUAGCAUUGGAGUGAGUCUGGUAAAGAUUAGCACAGGAAUGAUUGCCAUGCAUACAACAUCGCUGCACACAUUUAAGCUAAUAAACCAAUGUGAUUAAAUAAUUUUAAAUAAAGAAGUAAUCCGCUGCGUGGUGGAGAAAGGUCAGCUCGGCAUGCCCCUUUUUGCGUAUAAGAACCCCCGUUCUGAUAUGUUUCAUUUUUUUCUUCCCCCCGACCCGCGG